AUGCAUACCCUUCGUUUUACCCUUGUUCUGUACGUCCUCUUGUUGGCAGGCUUUGUGCUGUCACAGGAGGUGCAGCAACCUCUGGCAGCCGAUGCACCAGCAACCCCGAAAGCACCGAAAAGGGUUGCAAUAAUCGGUGCCGGAUCUGGCGGUUCGUCUGCUGCUUAUUAUCUCCGAACUUACGCCGAUUAUUAUUCCGUUCCCGUAAACAUCACGAUAUUCGAACGCGAAGCUUAUGUUGGCGGAAGGUCCACCACCGUCGAUGUGUUUGGUGAUCCAUCCCUGCCAAUAGAGCUAGGAGCAUCAAUAUUCGUCGAGGUGAAUAGAAAUCUCAUGAAAGCGGCAAAGAGUUUUAACCUUAAAAUACAAAAUGCCGGCGGUGUUCGGCCCAAAGAAGCAACUGACGACCUGGGUGUGUGGGAUGGAAGCAAGUUCGUAUUUCAGCAGAGAGAAGGCAAUUACAGAUGGUGGAAUAUAGUGCAGCUUCUGUGGAAGUAUGGAUGGGCUCCAAUGCGAACUCAGGACUUGAUGAAGUCUACCAUCGGCAAUUUUUUGAAACUAUACAGAUACCCACUAUUUCCAUGGAAGAACCUUUCCGAGGCUGCACGGAGUAGUGGCCUGGUUGAGGCAACUUGGGCUACGGGAGCAGAGUUCUUGAAGCAAAACCACAUAUCGGAGCCAUUCUCUCGAGAGAUUAUCCAGGCAAGUACUCGCGUGAACUAUGGCCAAAAUCUUCCCCUCAUACAUGGACUGGAGACCAUGGUCUGUAUGGCAGCUGAAGGGGCAGUUUCCAUCAAGGGCGGAAACUGGCAGAUAUUCAGCGGCAUGGUGGGAGCAUCCAAGGCUGUCUUGAAACUUGAGUCCCAAGUUACAAGCUUGGAAAGGAAUGGGAACAACACCUAUACCGUCUCACAUAAAAACAAGGCAAACACAACUGAGGAAGAAGUGUUUGACCAAGUUGUGAUUGCUGCACCACUUCAGUUCUCUGAUAUCAAACUCGAAACUCUCAUGGACAAUCAGCCCGACAACAUUCCCUAUGUGAAGUUACAUGUCACUCUCUUCGCCUCGCCUCAUAAGCUAUCUCCUAAAUACUUCAACCUCCCGCUGAGCAACAUGGUACCGGAAACCAUUCUCACUACCUUACCGAAGGGUCUUAACCUGGGACAUCGCCGCGAUGGAGUCGGUCCUGCUGGAUUUUGGAGCAUAAGCACUCUCCAAAAGGUACGAGCGCCGGAGACAAAAGACGGCGAGGGUAAAUAUCAUUACGUAUACAAAGUCUUCUCCCCUGAGCGCCUAAACGCAAUGUUCUUGGCUGGCAUUCUGGGACUAGAAGGGCCAAUAAAUGGGACUAUUGCCGAUAUCCCACAGUCGGACAUCAGCUGGAGUUAUGAGAAGGUGUGGCAUCCAUAUCCUGUCUUAUAUCCCCGAGUUACGUUUGAGAAUGUCAAACUGUCUCCGGGCAUAUGGUAUACUAGUGGAAUCGAAAGCAUGAUUUCAACGAUGGAGACGAGCUCUCUUUCUGGAAUGAAUGUUGCUGCCCUGAUGGUCUCCGAGUGGACGGAGGACUUCAACCCCAAGAUGAGCAUCUUCGAAGGUGAAUCCGUCUAA